AGAGAUCUGUUUGGUGUGUGAGGUAAGGCGAAUGUUUAUUGGAAACACAAAGCUCAUUGCAUUGCAGGUUGAUGUCUUAUAUAUUUCAUAAGGUCAUAUGUCAGAAUAUGUUUAGUACACAUCAAAAGGAUACCUACGAACAUGAGUUCGGCUUUAAUAUACUUUUUUUUGCUUCUAUCUAGAACAAUUAUGGAUAUCGUUUACAUUUUCGUUGUUGUCGUGGUGUUACAAUCUUCUGUUUUAUGCAAACAAAAAUCUUCGACAACUGGUGCUAAACCCAAAGUAACAUUUCUUCAAUCUGCAAAAUGUAGAAAAAGAAUUAGAGGAUCAAACGGAACGCUCAAACUGCCAUGCAAAUGUUGUUUUGGACACGGUAUAAAUUCUAAUGCAGAUCCUUUAUGUAAAUACGGAUGUGGCAGAUUUAAAGUAUACCCUUCAUCUGCAAAAAUAGCAGGCUUUGAUGCGAACAUUCCGACGAAUAAGAAUAUGGAAGGAGUAGAUAAACACAGAUGCGCUAAGAGUGCUAUUUCAUUAAAUACAGGCAUAAUCAUACUUGUUGUGAGUUUGUUAAUACUUUUUGUUUGUAUUUUAAUUAACUGCAAACCCAAAUCUGUUAAACACAACGAGUCAGAUAUUAACUCAAGACAUCUUAAAGCUCUGGUGUCAUACAUUUAAAGUAAUCUUGCGUCAACAUUUACACAUAUCUUUGUUAUAUAAUAUUAUAUUCAUAAGAUAAAGCUAUAUCAUAGAAAGAAGCGCAUGUUAGUUGUUGCCUAUGCAUGUCAGUUAUUUCCGCGCGCACCUAUGGGCAUGUACGCUUUUGGCUUCCCUCGGGUAUAGUUAUAAAGCGUAUAAAUAGGCUGUCUUGUCUGAGUUGUCGCUUUGAAAAUGUGUACUGUGAAUGUUAAGAUUAGUAAAGAAAGAAGCUCUUAUGUUAGAAGCUUCUGUUCAAGUUCGUUUAACUUAAAAGAUUUUGUUAUGGUUGUAUUUGUAUAUGUAUUGACGUUUGCCAUAGUUGUUGCCAUAGGCGUUUGAUUUUGCUGUUUAUAUUCAUGUGUUUCUAUGCAUGAACGCUUUGCCAUAGGCUACGUUGUUAAGUAGUAUUGUGUUCGUAAUUCCGUGUCUGUAAUCCUCUGUUUUUUCGUUUGUGUGCAUUUUUCCGUGGCACGUUUCGACAGUGUACGAGCCAUGUCAGUAUUCGCCAUAUAUAGCGUAAUUGCGGUCCCCCCCGGUCGGUGGUUAUUUAUUGUCUUGUAUGCGUUUUUCACG